UCACCCGAGCGCACCGUACGCACUAGCGACAUAGAACUCCUAUAUGAUCAGACGCAAGUCUGGAGUCAGUCCGCGAGCGCAAACCUUUAUCUUUAUUCCUUUAAACUGGACUGAACGACGAAUGUUGAACUGGAGAUCUCAUCACUGAACGAUACAUUUGCAUGAUUCGACUCCAUUGACAUCUCUAUAGGGAUAGAAAUAGUGUCCAGAUCCUCUCCAAAUAAGGCUAUUUCUUAUUGAGGAACCCAAGACGCGCAUACUCCCAAGCACAAGUGGCUUGCUUGAACCAGCAUCGUGGCUACUCUUCCAGCAGUGGCAUGUUCGAAGGAUAAAGCGGACAAAAUUGAACUCCUACUUUCACCCAAAGAGGAUUCAAUGAAAAUGUCUGUCUGCGUCCAUGAGAACCGCAAGUCACGUGCCAGCACUGGCUCCAUGAACAUCUACCUGUUCCACAAGUCGUCGUACGCUGACAGCGUCCUCAUGCACCUGAACACGCUGCGGCAGCAACGUCUCUUCACCGACGUCCUCCUCCACGCCGGGAGCCGCUCCUUCCCCUGCCACCGUGCCGUGCUGGCCGCCUGCAGCCGCUACUUCGAGGCUAUGUUCUCUGGAGGUCUCCGGGAGAGCCAGGCCAGCGAGGUUGACUUCAGGGACUCCAUCCACCCUGAGGUCCUGGAGCUAUUAUUAGACUACGCCUACUCCUCCCGCGUGGUCAUUAACGAGGAGAACGCAGAGUCCCUCCUGGAGGCCGGGGACAUGCUGGAGUUCCAGGACAUCCGGGACGCCUGCGCCGAGUUCCUGGAGAGGAACCUGCACCCGUCCAACUGCCUGGGCAUGCUGCUGCUGUCCGACGCCCACCAGUGCACCAAGCUGUCCGAGCUCUCCUGGGGCAUGUGCCUCAGCAACUUCCCCGCCAUCUGCAAGACGGAGGACUUCCUGCAGCUCCCCAAAGACAUGGUGGUGCAGCUCCUUUCCCAUGAGGAGCUGGAGACAGAGGACGAGAGGCUGGUCUAUGAGGCCACCCUCAACUGGGUCAACUACGACCUGGAGAGGAGGCACUGCCACCUGCCAGAGCUGCUGCAGACCGUCCGCCUGGCGCUCCUCCCUGCCAUCUUCCUCAUGGAGAACGUGUCCACGGAGGAGCUGAUCAACGCCCAGUUAAAGAGCAAGGAGCUGGUGGACGAGGCCAUCCACUGCAAGCUGAAGAUCCUCCAGAACGACGGGGUGGUGAACAGCCCCUGCGCCCGGCCCAGGAAGACCAGCCACGCCCUGUUCCUCCUGGGAGGGCAGACCUUCAUGUGUGACAAGCUGUACUUGGUGGACCAGAAGGCCAAGGAGAUCAUCCCCAAGGCGGACAUCCCCAGCCCCAGGAAGGAGUUCAGCGCUUGCGCAAUCGGCUGUAAGGUCUACGUGACCGGUGGGAGGGGCUCGGAGAACGGUGUGUCCAAAGACGUGUGGGUCUACGACACCGUGCAUGAGGAGUGGUCCAAGGCGGCGCCCAUGCUCAUCGCCCGCUUCGGCCAUGGGUCAGCCGAGCUGAAACACUGCUUGUACGUGGUUGGAGGACACACGGCAGGCACCGGCUGUCUCCCCGCCUCGCCCUCGGUGUCCCUGAAACAGGUGGAGCAGUUCGACCCGGCGGCCAAUAAGUGGACCAUGGUGGCGCCGCUGAGGGAAGGCGUGAGCAACGCGGCGGUGGUCAGUGUCAAAUUGAAACUCUUCGCCUUCGGAGGCACCAGCGUCACCCAUGACAAACUACCCAAGGUGCAGUGCUAUGACCCGCAGGAGAAUUGCUGGGUGGUACCCGCCUCCUGCCCGCAGCCCUGGCGCUACACUGCCGCCGCCGUCCUCGGCAACCAGAUCUUUGUGAUGGGCGGGGACACAGAGUUCUCUGCGUGCUCGGCCUAUAAGUUCAGCAGCGAUACCUACCAGUGGACUAAAGUGGGAGACGUGACGGCCAAGAGGAUGAGCUGCCAGGCCGUGGCGUCAGGUAACAAACUCUACGUGGUGGGGGGCUACUUUGGCACGCAGCGGUGUAAGACUCUGGACUGUUAUGACCCGACGCUGGACGCUUGGAACAGCAUCACUACCGUACCCUACUCCCUCAUCCCCACUGCCUUCGUCAGCACCUGGAAACAUCUCCCAGCCUGAGCCGGAUGGCAUUCUGGGAUAGCCCCACACCUCCAUCCCAACCCCCCUCCCAUGAGAUUUCUCUGUUUUGCAUCAUCCACUGGAUUCCAGAUGUGAAGAUAGAAUCACACUCUUUAACUUCCUGUCUGUGCAAUAAAAAAAAACGACUUUCUAAUUUUCUUCCAUGAAAAAAACUGAACCAUGGUGUAAGUGUGAAAACGCACAUUGAUCCACCCUAAUGCUACUGUGAGUUUACAGAUGUUUAAAGAACUAUCAAUGCUCCUGAGAGGACCUUGUACACAGAAUGAUGUCAUAAUGUCAAUGAUGUCAUAUCGUUUUUGAGAGAGAGGUUUGGACGUUAUUCAUGCAAACAAACCCAACAACCUGCUGCUUGUGCUGUAAGAUCCAACAACCCCCUAAUCCCAGUGUACUAUCGGCAUACCGCGCCUGUGCUUCUCAGCCUUCCAUGAAACACCCAUCAACAUAUCAGUCAGUCACACACUCACACUGCCUGGAUUUCUUUCCAUUCAAUCAUGAAAUACUUGUACUACGGACUAUGUCUUUGCUCUUCUCACUCUGAUAAUUCUGUGAUAUGAAAUUAGAAAAAUAAAUGUAAAAACCCUCUGUACAGGGCCUUUAAUUUAAUAGCAUGAAGGAAGUUUGUCCUGUUUGGACAUAGGAUACAUGUGAGGAGAGGGGAGAGACCUUGAUCAGCAUGUGAGUGACCAGAGACAGACAACUCUUCAGCUUGAUUAUAACCAACUGAUCCAUAAACAGUUUUAUCUCCUCCCUAGUGUAUCUGAGACAUUAGACUCUUCUUGUUCCAGUCGUUCUGCCCUCGCCAAGGAAGAGGAGAGAAGAAAGAGAGAGAUGGACAACCUCCUCCCCUCCUCUUCCUGUCUCCGUCACCUAGUAGGCGUUUGGGGUUUAAAACGGUGUAAUGGGUGUUGGAAGUUCGUCUUUGGCAGUUUGCUGUGAGACCUGGCUCUAGCUGUCACUACGUGUCGUGGGGACUUGAGGUGCCAGCACCAGCUGAGUCUGAGAGGGGCGUUGGGGAGAGGGUGAAGGAGGGUCAUGUCCUGACAUGUCUACCGAUGUGAAGUUGCCACCCCCUUUCACCCUGCCUCCCCCCGACCCUGCCUCCCCCAACCCCAAAGGAAGCCCAUUCUGGCAGUAGGUCACUACACUCUCCUGAUCCAAAAUAACAAUAAUCCAAGAAGAGUAGUGAACAAUGCAGCACAGAACUGAAGAAAAUGCUAAUUCAAGCUCAGUUGGACACUAUGGGCUCGAUUCAAUCUGUAGCGCUGAAUAUCAGGGUUACAGCGUGAUUGAAAUUGAAAGGCAAUGUUUCCGCGUUCGCAGAGACUGCAUUUACGGUAAUAGCUGCAUAUGUCGGCUCAAUCGGAAAUGACCUUUACAUUUUAAGCUUGCUGUAUGGAUUGCAUCCAGCCCUAAAGGGUUUGCUCUUGCACACUAUUUACUGUUUGUUCUAAAGUAAUUCCAAUGAGAAGUAUUAUUUUGUUGGAUUACUGAUGGAUAGAUUUUCCACUUUGCCUAGAAGAUUAUUCUGAACUCUUCAGAGCAUGUACUACGGACAUGGGGACUCAAUAAGAUUGGCAUGAUGAACUUCUCUGGUCAAGAUCAUCUUGUCACCUUGCUAACCCAAACUUAAUACAUUAUUGUCUUAUCUUGCUCCAAUGUAUCAUGUUUCAUAAAUCUUAAUUUAUAUGAAAAUUACUUUACUUUAUUUGUUUACGUAAAGAAAAAGUUGAAUCCUAUUUAUUGUUUCUCUGCCUGCAUUCAUUUCCAAGUGAAUGAAUGUUGAUCUUUUUAAGGGUAUAUCAUGCAUGACCCUUUUUUUUGCACUGUUCAGUUUCUCCCAAAGUGGAACCUGUUCCAACCAUUUGGUCAGUGAGGUGAACAGGUCAGAGGUUAGAGGUCUGGGGUUAGGGGUCAGUGUAGGGAUGGACGCUCAGAUUACCUAGAGUGCAAGUGUCCAGUGGGUGGGUCAACAAGGCCUUGCUUAGAGAAUGUGUUUGUUUUAGAGAUGGACUCUUGGUAGAGUAACAUCUCCCAUUUAAAUGUUGACUCUGCUAGGAGGCAUAUCUGCUUAAUUCUAAGUCCCACACUCAAAUAUUCAAUAUUCUGACUUGAGAGGAGCGUAUGUAGCUCAGACUUCUGUGUACAUCAUUUAUCAAUGUCAACAGGAGACUUGCACGAAUAAUAUGAGCUAAGCAUGUAGAUCUCAAGUCAGAAUACUGCCCUUUUAGUGUGAAGAUGAGGAGGAGAAAGAGGAUGUGUAGUUAGCUGAAUCCUGUAAGCUUAAAUGGCAGGCAGACCCCGCAGUGCUCUUCACCAUCGUGUCACUGAUGUAUGGGAGGAAAUAUGACAGGGAAGAGUUCCAAAGACCAAAAAAGAGAAUGUCUUAAAUACUUGCAUCCAAAACUUCGUACCAGUAGUCGUUGAUUUCUGGAUGUUUUUGUCUGUUUGUCUGUCUGGGUGGCCAAAAUAUUGACAUGUACAGUUUAGCAUGAUUAAAUAAUUGUCACGGUCAACAUAAAAGCUAACAGUUGUAUAGAUUUUCCCAGGCAGGAUGUGUUCUGGAUGGAUUCAGUGAAUCGCCUCAAUCCCUUGCAUUCCACAUUCCUGUUUGAUUAUUUGAGCCACCAACCUCCCAGAUCAACUCCCACCUCCCAGCCCACCUCCCAGCCCAACUCCCACCUCCCAGGCUUAAAAAAGCACAAACUGUUUAAGGAAUUCUAUGGAGAGCUCAUUGGCUCCUUGAUGUCGACCCCCUAACCAACCCGCUCACAGAACACUGCGCCUUUCGCCUCACCAAUCAGAUAAGAGGGUUCCUUUUGAACAUAAGUUACCUUGGCAACGGUCAACAGUGAGUGCCCCUCCAAUUUACAAGUAAUUGUUGAGAGUCAUUUUCUUCCCUUUCUCUUUUUGCCCUCUCUCUCUUCCCCCUUUAUCGGGAUUCAGCUCGCUUACGUGUAGUGUGUUCUCCCUGACUGGCUUGCUGUAGGCGUUCACCAAAAUGAUGUAAAAUUCUGACAGGAUGCAUCUUUAAAAACACUGUCAAUGUGCAUUUGUUUUCAUUUUGUCUGUCAUGUCAAAGUUUUAUUUUAUUAUGAUUUUUUUAAAUAACAUUGUUUUGUACAUGUGACAGAUUUUCUUUCACAGUGUAAAAUUCAUGACAAAAUAAACAUGAGUUUUUCCUCUUUACUGUAA